AUGCGUGAUAAACAUCCAUUAUCAGGACUACGCGACGAUGAACUUGGACAAAAGUUACUUGUAUUUCUAUUUGGUGUGGCUUGCCAUCAAGUGGCUGAUGCUGCGUGGCAUGCAAAUUUAACAGGCUGUCCGAAUGGAUUUAUCGAUGCAACAGCCUGGGAGAGUUUUAAUAGCAAUCGAGAAAUGGCACAUUCAAGUGAUGAUACAGGUGGAGAUAGUGUUAUUAAUUACGAAUUACCGGUCGGUUAUAUCGCGGUUCGAUAUUGGGAUCAGAUUAUUGCAAUGUAUGAAAAUGGAACAAAUAUUUGUACAUUGACCGGCAUUAAUCCAUAUUAUCUGAACUGUACCAUUCCUCACACUGUUACACAUCAACAACAGCAAGAAUUAACAUCAUACAUUCAAUCAGCACCUUCAGGUUAUUUACCUUUUUCAGACAACACUUUAUCAUUAUUGCCGCCAUUGGGCACCACCGAAAUUCUGACUGGGCUCAUUUCAAAUCAAAGUUAUGCCGCAUUUGGUCAUGCAACCCUCUUUGGUGAUUUUAACGGUGAUGGACGUACCGAUCUUGUCGUGUCAGCACCCGAUUAUUAUGUACUCGGAUGUGUACAAGGUGGUCGAGUGUUCAUUAUAUAUGGUCAAGAGAAUCGUUUUCUCAUACCCGACCGUCAAAUUUCGAUUAUUGAAGGACUUGCCAAUCAAACACUUAUUUCGCCCGUAUGUGAUGGCGAUCGAUUCGGUUCAGCAUUGGCUAGCCUUAAUUUGAACAACGACGGAUUUAACGAUCUGGUCGUUAGCAGUCCAUCACACGGAUUCGGCUUUCGUGGAGCAGUAUUUGUGUUUGCCGGUAGUGCAGACGGCCUUCAACUUCAACCAUAUAUGCGUAUUGAUGGAGUGAAUGAACAUGACUCAAUUGGAUUUGGACUAUAUACGGCACAUCUCGAUAAUGAUAAUCGACUUGAUUUGAUCAUUACUAGUCCAUACGCUCAACCGAACGGUUAUAAUCAGCCACAACAAGGAGCUGUCUGGAUCUUCAAGAGCUCUGAUCCUCAAAUGUCGAGUAAUAAUCUCACUGUUGCCAAUGCAUCGUUCACCAUUUAUGGUGAAACAGCGAAAUCAAAAUUUGGUUAUUCACUUGAAAUAAUUCCGCCGUCGUGCAUCAGCAAUGUAGCCUAUCCAACUCUCAUGAUCAGUGCACCGGCCGACAAGGACGGAUGUUGGCUGGCUGUUGGAUCGCCAACCCGUUUAACCAACUGGUACGGUGGUGUUGAUGUUAUUUUACUGUCCAAUCUUUUCGGUCAAUCAAACAUUCAUCUUCAACUGAGUGACAUCCCUGUACGUGUCUCAAUUAGUGGUGAUAAGAUCUUUGGACGUCUUGGCACAACAAUUCAAUGGAAACCCAACGGUGAUUUAUACAUAUCAGCUCCGCUCGGCAAGCAAAACAUUCAGCCAUUACAAUCACAAAAAUCCAUAGGUCGUGCGUACAUUGUAUCUGCUAGUCGAAUCUCAAUGCCACUCGGUCUAGGAGUGCAAUCAAUUACAAAACAUCAUUUUUAUUGCCUACAAACGAAAUAUUUAUUCUUUAUGGCUAAUAAUUAUAAAGACGAUGAAAAUGCAACAUCAAGAGAGUGUAAAGAUUUGGAAACAAUACAUAAAACUUCUGAUAAUCCAUUGACUACUACAACUUCAUAUAAUGGUAAAUAUGUUGAUUUCUAUGAUCAUAUUAAUUAUAUUACAUUAUCGUUAUAUACAUGGUUCAUUGCUGCUAACAAUAAUUUUGCACAAUCAUCGAACAAUAAUAAUGAAAUACCUUUUGAUGAUAAGGAAUGGCAAGUAAAUGAUUUACAUGCUGGCAGAAAACGAGCUCCACGACAAAAUGAAUUUCUUCAACUUCUUUUAGAAAAUCCACGUUAUUGUUCGUAUAUAUGUUGGUUAGAUAAAAACCGAGGUUUAUUUAGAAUUCUUCAACCAGAUCAAGUAGUUAUAUUAUGGGAAAAAGUUAAAGGAAGACAAACACAGCGAAAAAUGAAUUAUGAAACAUUUGCACGAGGUAUCCGACAUUAUUAUAAUGCAGGAGUAAUGGUUAAAACAAAUAAAAAAUACACAUUCUGUUUUAAAUACUCUGCACAAUGA